AAUCCUUGUGAACCAGCUGAGGAGGUACCCAUGGUGACAGAACAAAACUUGUCUCAACACUUACUUGACAGUGAGAUGCAGAAACUGCAGGAGAUUCUGGCAACAACUGUUGAAGCUUCAGAUGGUCCUCCUUCAACAUCAUCAUCAUGGAGCUUGCGACAGUCUGCAGCCCAAGAUGAGUGGCAGAAAGCAAGGCCCUACCACCUGGACUGCUUGUUGUUCUCCAGGGUGGUCAAGGAAAAUAAAUGCAGUCAGUGCUCAUCUCCUGCCAUUAUUCGUUGCAGAGACUGCAUGCCAGAAGAGUGGCUGUGUAUGGAGUGUGAUAUAAUUUGCCACAAAAAACUGGUACUCCAUAACAGGGAGUCCUGCAUUGAUGGAUUUUACCGGCCCAUUCCGCCAACGGUGUGCUGCGUGAAAGAAAAUGGCAGAUAUACAUUAAAAAAUCAAGUUCGGCUGUUGCCUACAGUGAGACCUGACCGACUGUGCACCUGUGACCCAACAAACAUCACAGAAUCUGCUGGAAGAGCAACUAUUUUGGUUUGCAUAAAUGGUCGUUAUGACUUGUACUUGCCCAAUUUGGCAUGCCGAGUGUGUCUAUCACAAUGGACACCUGACAGAAGCGACCUCAUAAGAAGUGGGUAUUGGCCAGCAUCUGUGAAUGCUGAAACAUUGUUUUCAGUGGAUGUAUUCAGCACAUUUGAGGAGAUGAAAACCGUUGCUCCGGGUUUGUCAAGACAAGGCUUUUUGCGGCUGUUAGAGCAGAGGACAGAGCAGUUUGGAAGGAGGGGUAAAAUACAUGGAGAUGCAUUUCAAAGGAGCUUUGUGGAAUACACUUUCUGCCAGUUUUUAUGUGAGAAAAUGGCAAAUGUAGAGCACUUCACCUGCCCAGCAUGUACACCCAACAUGCUUGCGGUUUCUGCAGACGGCAGCAGAAAACUGUACAGAUUUCAACACUCUAAAGGGUAAUGCAAGGCAAGAUGCCACACUACAUGGCUUUGCUGUACAGCCUACACUGCACAACAUCACUCUGUGACAGGGGCACUACAUCAUAGAAGCUUCUGUGUUGUGAUAACAUGAGCUAC